GUUUCCAAGCGUCCAGUGACUUGAAGAAUUUUGACAGGCAAUACAUUUUCUGUGUAAUGAAAACUAACCAUGUUUGUCUCCGAUACAAACAUUUUUCCUUCGUCUGGAAUGAAAAUUAGGAUUUCAUGCCCAGAUGGAUCCGAUUUAUUUCUUAGUUUUUUGCCAGAAGCCACGGUUGACAACUUGAAAGUAGCUGCACUUAGAAAUAUUUUAACAGAUUCUGCAAGCAGUCUUAAAGAGUCACUUUACUACAAAAUUAUUUUAGUCAGAACUUGCAAAUCGCUGGAGGAUGAAAAGACACUAUUGGAACAGGGUGUACAAGAUAAUGAUGAAGUCCUGUUAUUGAAAAGGAGACUUUUGCCUUCUCAGUUUGAAAAAUCAAGUGACAAAAAUAAACAAGAGGAGAUUAGAUCUAGCCCAACAGCUGCAGAUAUACAGAAGGCCACAUCUGGUCUUCCGGUGACAGACACACACACAUGCCAGGCAACUGUCUCCAGCACUGUUGAUUUUCAAACAGAGUUACGCAAGAUUCUCAUCUCGCUGAUCGAGGUCUCGCAGAAGCUGCUGUGCCUGAACCCAGAAGCUAGCAAGAUCUUCGAACAGGCCGAAGAGAUACUGCAUGAGCCGUCCUCAUCUAGAGAUGACCUGGAUGAUGACAGCAUACAGCAGCUCACUGCCAUGGGCUUCCCUGAACACAGAGCACGCAAGGCUCUCAAACUGAACAAACUGUCAGUGAUGUCUGCCAUGGACUGGUUGCUGCAGCAUGGUGACGACCCAGAUAUCGACCAACCCCUGCCUGACAAUACAGACACACUACAGAGCCUGGAGGGAGAGGUCGGGGCUGAAGGGGGCACGGCUACCAAUCUGGAUGAUACGGGGACUGACAUCUCUAGACACCGCGUGUCCAACAUCCUCAAAUCACUCAGGGCUUAUAAGAAACGAGAGUUUAAACCCAACCCAAAGGUAUUGCAGCAUCUGCUUGAGAUGGGCUUUGAUGAGAAGUCCUGUGUGGAGGCCCUCCGUGCAACAAGGAACAACGGAGAUGCCGCGUGUGAGAUGUUACUGAACAACCGCAAGCCUCCGCCAGACACCCUAGACGAGGGUAUCGAUCCGGAGAGCCCCAUGUUCAGAGCAAUCAUGGCCAAUCCUGUGGUACAGCUUGGCCUCAACAACCCCAGGUGCCUUCUGGCAUUCAUCCAGAUGUUGGAGCACCCUCACACUGCCAACCAGUGGCUCAGUGACCCUGAGACUGCUCCCCUGCUGGUCCACAUCUCCAGGAUCUACCACGCAGAGAAACACUCCCACCAGCAGCAGCAACAUGAAACCAGCACGGCAAUAACACAGUCCAGAUGAUCACCAGGGGCUUAAGCUACUCUAAUAGAACAGUUUUGAAUUGAAGCUGUUGUGAUGUUAAUUAUAGAAACAGUUUAACUCGGCUGUGAUGCCUUCAACACAUGCAAGUGUUUUAUUGGAGAUGUAAAGAUAACUUAUGUUUAAAAAAGAUUUUGUACUGCAUAUCACUGUGUUUGAUAAAUUUCAUGUAAUUAAAAUGUAGCUUGAAUAACUUACCUCCUAAUAUGCUUAUGUGAAAAUUCCAGCUAUGUAAUCAAGUCUCAAAUAAUGUAUUUCGGUAAAUUUUUAAUCAUUUUAUUGGUGUUUUUGUUUUUUAUCUGCAGCAAUGACUAAAGCUAUUUGUAUCUUCCGAAAUGGUGAUUCACAGAUAUUGGAGUUAAGCAUUUAUAUUCCCAUGGUUUGACAUUAAUGGAUUGUUAUUUAUUAUUUUGAUCUGUGUUUAACCAUAAGGGUGCCUUUUAAGAUAUAAACCAAAGUGCCAAAAGUUCAUUUUCUGCCAUUUUUUUACUUGUUUAUGUAUUAUACACUUACUUCUAGUAUAUUAGGGGGUCAAUAGAGAAAAUGCAUCACCUCUGGUCUUAUGACAUGCACAUAUUGUCACAUGGUUCCACUCCAAUUAUAUUUAUACCCAAAGGGAGCCACAUAGUUCUGGGCUGUCUGUCCACACUUUUUGGUUUCUGCUCUUUUACUCAUCCAGUUUACAUAUCAUAUUGUCAUCAAACUUUGUGAAAAUGUUGAUAAGCAUAACUAAUUAAGCCCAGAAUAUACAAUGAAACAAAUUCCAUACCUCAACGCUUUGCUGUUUCAAAGAUAUUUUAUUGUUUUUACUAUAAAAAUAUAAGGAAAACAAGUACUAUUACUUUUUUUUAUAUGCUGGGUAAAAAUUUAAGUGUUUAAAGUUGAUGGAGGGCAAUAACUCUGAAAAUAGAGGAGCACAGCUAAUGGUUCAUGUGCAAAACACACCCUCUCAAUGACCUACUACCUAUUAAGUAAACUUUGAAACCUCUCUGCAAAAAGAAAUUCAAGGGCUGAACUCCAAAGUGCCUGAUGAGAUUAGGCUGGUAAUUUGAAUACCUGGUUUGAUAUUUGGUGUUUUACAUUUCAUGGUGUUUCUCUACCAUGUUUGUUCAACUUGGACUUCAUACGUUGGUUUUGAGUAGAUUUGCAGUGCACACAAACCAUUAAUCCAGCUCCCCUAUUUUUAGAGUAACAGUCCCUUAAUAAUUUGGUUCUGAUUUUAUUUGAAUAACAAAUUCAAAUCAAAUCAUAACUGUCAACCAAAAACUAAUUUAUGUGCCCAGUUGGAUUUUACGAGGGCAUCUGUGUAUAAUGAACGCAUGUCUUCAUUAGGAAGUUAUUGACCUUUAUAUUAUUGAUAUUUUAAAUAAAUUUUACCUUUUUGAGAGUGAUGUGUUGAAGUUAUAAUCCAAAUUUUAUUAAACUGCAUCUAAAAAAAAAUAUGUGGGAAAGUGCACAUUAUCACGUUGCUCUGCUCCAAUCAGUUUUUUGGAAGUUAUUGACCUUUUCAUUACAAAUAGGACAUUUUUAAGAACUUCAUUUCAGCACAAAAUCUCAGAUAUCUUUAAUCCCCAUUUGAUGAAAGUAUACUUAUAUCCUUUUUUCCUAUAGUUCCAUCCAUUCCUAUAGAUUCUGCCACUGAUGACAUAUUUCUGAUAAAACUAGUUAUUGAUCUUUAUUUAAAGCAUUAUAUCACAAGGAUGUUGUUGAUUUUUAUCAAAACACAUGGAUUUUAGCUUUUAUUUGGAAAAAAAGUGUGUGCAAAUUAAGCAUAGAUUGUUUAAAGGCCAAUAAUUUUGAAAAUAUUAACAUUGAAACAGUAUGUUGUUGUUUAAUUUUCUAUAAGAAGACAUCUUUAAUGAUUUAUCAAAAUGAUGACUGAACAGAUUGAUUGGAAAGAUAUGAACAAAACAGUGUUUCUUCCUAGAAUUGGCCUGUUUAUAGAGAAAUAUUUGAAAUGUAUUUUGCUUUACAUGUAUUUUGUUUAUAAUAAAUAACAUUUGAAUCAAA